CCAUAGCUUGAUAGUCCGGAAAUCUACGUUUAUCGAUAACAUUGGCCGCUACAACAGUGUGCGCGAAGAAAAGCUUGGCGAUAAAAUCAUUUAGACAUUUUGUAGAGAAUAUCUUGUAGAGAAUAGUAAACCUUGGAAGCGAGUAAAUGGAGAACUACGAACUGAACACCAUGCUCCGCAUCAACAGCAUUGUGGUGACCCGAAAACUGGGCUGCGGCUCCUUUGGUGACAUCUUCGAGGGCAAGCACCUGGGCUCGGGUCUCCACGUAGCCCUCAAGGUGGAGCGCAAAGAUGUCGGCGGUUCGCACCUGCCCACCGAGUACGCGGUGUACAAUCUGCUCAGGCAUGGCAUGGGCUUCCCGUCCACCUAUCAGUUCCUCUCGAACAAGCGGCACAAUGUGCUGGUGAUGGAGUUGCUCGGUCUGUCGUUGGAAAACCUGUUCGACUUGUGCAAUCGCCGCUUCUCCACGAAGACGGUGCUCAUGCUGGGCGAGCAGAUGGUGGAGCGAAUGGAGUACCUGCACUCCUAUCGCUAUCUGCACCGCGACAUCAAGCCGGACAACUUCCUAAUGGGCUGCGGCGACACAAGCCACCGCCUGUACCUCAUCGACUUCGGUCUGGCCAAGCGGUACUGGGACAUGACGGAGAACAAACAUGUGCGCCAAAGGCGUGGCACCCGGCUGACCGGCACCGCACGCUACGCCUCCAUCAAUGCGCUGAGCGGUGGAGAGCAGAGCCGGCGGGACGAUAUGGAGUCGGUGGGCUACGUCCUCAUGUAUCUGCUACGUGGUAGACUGCCGUGGCAAGGCCUUUUGGCCAACAGCAGGGAGCAGAAGCACGAGAUGAUCACCGAGAUGAAGCUGUCCACGUCGCCGAAGAGCCUGUGUGCCGGCUAUCCAACGGAGUUCUACACUUACAUUGACUACACACGCAGACUGGGCUUCGAAGAGGAGCCGGACUAUCGGAUGAUCAGGUGCUCCUUCUUGACCUUGAUGUACAGCAUGAAAUACAUCAAUGACCAUAUCUACGACUGGGACCUGGUCGACAGUAACGCGGAGAAAGGUGGCGACGGAGUGGGGAAAGAGGUCGAAUUGGGAGUCGUCUAAGGGCAACGGACUGCUGGAUGUAGGGUAGCAUGUUGCAUGUUGCAUGUUGAAUAAAAGCGUCGGACUUUUCUAGAUGCCACAAAUGCCAAUUUAAAAUACACAAGCUGCCAGCUACCAAAAUGAGUCCAAUUAACAAAACUGGCAUUUGUGCAACGUUUGCAUUCCGGGCAGCAGCUACGAGUUGUGAGUUGAGAUUCUGGAGCAGCUGGCAGAAGUGUCCGUCAGAACAGAAGGGAUGGCAGCAAAAGUCAAUGGAAACAGCCAGGGGUGCCAUGCUCCAUGCAGCACGCUGCAUGCUGCAUGCUGCACAGAUUUCAUCUGAGUAGGAGAGCAGAAGGGCUGAGCAAGUUUCGAACAAAUGAAAACGUAGCAAAUGACAGCAUCCAAUUUACGUUUGCAAUUAAACUGACACCGAACAGACACUUGAUUUAGUCGGCAGUCAGUCCUUGGAGCCAACCACCCACCCACCAGUCACUUGGCUCUGGGAAGAGAUGUCGAUUUAUGGACGUGGCCAGAGGAACUAUUUUGCCGGCCAGCCAGAUUUAUGAAUAUGAAAGCACACCAAAUGGCUCUUUAUUUGCCUGUUUAUGUGGCAGCAAUCUUGACCAGCAACCACUCAGCAGGGUGAGGCAGCGGUUGCGAGUGGGAGUCCCACCUCCUCGGUUAGGAUCAUCACUGCCUUGUGGCACCUGAACAGGUCCGUGUAGUCGGCCAUCCUUGGAUUUAGUUCAAGAAAGCCGUCUGUGCUUCGGGGAGAAUUUUCAAUUUGCUUGGCAAUAUGUCGAAAAUGGUUUGGAAUUCAGCUUUGAUUUAUAAAUCAUAGAUAUAAUUGGCAAUAGUUUUUGGUUCAGCAUAUUUUCAGAAGGAUUUCUUUGGCAGGCAUUCCAGUUAUGAGCUGUUAUUUAUGUCCGAGGACUAAUUGUAUAUGACUUCCUAAAGUGUCUGCCAUGCCAGGAUGUUAGGUGUGAAGUAGCUGGUGUUAAUGAGGCAUUUGGAGUCGAAGCCAUAUAUCACCGAACUGGACAAAACGGUGGGAAGCAACGCAAGGGAAUUAUUAAUGCGGACUUCUUAUCAAAAAUGGCAGCAAUCAGCACGCUCGCUUAGCACCUCGUUGGCCGAGUGUGGGAAUCGCCAGGACGAGAACGACCACUUUUCCCCCACCCAUUUAUCCUCUGUGAAAGUGUGGAGCAGCAGUCUCUCUUUUUUUUUUUUUUUGGGAGCAGCAGUCAAGUGCGAGCCGGGCUAAAAGCCCCAUCAAGGCCAAGUGGCGUGUCAAUCGGCCAUUAACAUGGGUUGGGGCGCACUCCCUGUGCCGCCGAUAAAUAAAAACAAACACCUAGAUGGAGCAGUACCACCCAUACCCACUUCCAAAUCCACACCCACUUAGCCACCCAAUUACGCACUUCGAAAACGGUCCAAAGGCCAAAGAAAUAUGCGAGUCCUAAAUGAAGUCGAAACUGAUUGAGAACCCAAAAUGGGGGAAAGUGCUCGUAAUGGAAAUGGAAAUCUUUGCUGCCAGAUUUUUGCACUCUUUUUUUUCCCCCCCAUUUUUUGUGUGCGGCUGAAAGAAAGAAAUUCUCUCAUUAAAAAAUUAAAUGCGGCAACACUUGGGAAUUUGUGAGAAAAUUGCUCAUUAAAAGUUUUCACCUGGAGAGCCGCUCAAGGCGAAUCUCGACACUAAUUUUCUUUUCAUGUAAUUAUGUGCAGCAACUGAAGAAACAGCUCGCAAAAAAGGAAAAGUCGCUCCUUUUCCUACUUUUAUUUUCGCCGGCAAUUGUUCGUCGUCUGCUGCAUUUUUCCAGCUUUUCCACCAACUUUUCCAGCACGACAAGCAGAACUUGAGGUUGCUAAUGCAAAGGACACAACUUUUUUUUUGCGAUGUGUGAAAGAGUCCUGGCCGUGUUUCCAUUUCCAAGGAGAUGGCGGAUGUUGGCUGAUGGGAUUUAUGCACCCAUCGUCACGAGUAUUAGUCAUCUUCAUUUGGCAUUCGCUUUGCGCUUGCCAACUGCAAAUUGAAUUGAUUUUCGUUUGCAUUUCCCGAUGGACUGCAGUCGCAUCAAAGCUUAAUAUU